UAUUUUGUAGUUCAUGGGCAAAGGUUAAAGUCGCUUUUUCACUACUUAAUUCUAAUAAUAUUUAUUUUAUUUAUUAUUUAGAACCUAGUCCCUAUUCCUAUUAAUAAUAUUCUGGUUGAUAAUAAUGGCUAGUAAUGGAAUGUGCACCGUAAAAGUGACGAAUGGCGUCAGGACUGAACAUGAAGAUAGGACUUAUAAUUAUGAAGAAGCUAUCAAUUUAACAGGUAACGGGUGCUACAACUACGGUCUCCUAGCAGUGCUGAGCCUGGCCAUCCUCAGCAUGGCGGUGGACAUCUUCGGCCUGUCAGUCAUUGUCACCGGCAGUGCAUGUGACUUCCAGCUGCAACAGUGGCAGCAAAGUGUCAUACUUUCCAUGCCUUUCGUUGGCUCUGUCCUUACCUCGAUACCAUGGGGCUACGUCUCCAGUGUGCACGGCAGACACAAGGCGCUACUGGUAGCUCUCUGGGGAAGCUUCCUGUUCUCCUGCAUCAGCUCCUUCUCUGUCCACUGGAUCAUGCUGGCUGUAUUCAAGGUCUUUAGUGCUGGCUUCUCCAGUGGUGUCCACUCCAGUGCAUAUGCGCUGCUGAACGAGUCAUGUGGUAGCACCGUGAGAGGAGUCUACAUGCUGAUCAUGACCAGUGCUAUGAUGCUGUUCGUGCUGUCCUAUGUCGUGCCAGCCUACUUCAUCCUUCAGCUCAACUUCUCAUACGACCUGAAUAUCCUGGUCUUCACACCAUGGAGGUUGCUGUCCCUCACGCUCGCAGUACCUCUCGGCAUCAGCGCCUUCUUUCUACAUUUCUACUACGAGAGUCCCAAGUUCCUGGUGAAUGUGGGUCGUGAAGAACUGGCUCUGGAGUAUCUUGCCAAGAUCUGGACAAGGAAUGGUCAGAAGGGGGAUUAUCCUGUACAAAAAGUACGUCUCAACGAAGACAAGUGCUUCAAAUACGAAGACGGACACAUUUUGAGGUCCAUGUGGCUACAGAGUGAGCCGCUGUUCAGGAGACCGCUGCUGUGGAGGACCUUGCAGCUCUUCUACUUGACAACUAUCGUUUAUAGCGUUAACAACAGCCUGGUAAUUUGGAUGCCGUACAUCAUCGGAGCCUUCACGGAUGGCAGUAGCUCCUACAAUGGAGACGGGUCCAGGAGUUUGUGCCACAUUCUCAAAUCUACAGCUUCUGAAUAUAACGAUACCUCUACAUGCGACUCAUCAAUCAAGUUCCACACGCUGGUAUCAGCCAUCACCCACGGCCUACUCUUCGCCACCAUCACCCUGAUGAUAUCCAAGCUGGCCUCCAGAAAGAAGAUGCUGAUGAUCCUGUUCCUCUUCAUACCAGCUCUGUCAAGUCUUGGAGCGGUCUACAACCAGAAUAACAUGGGUAGCCUGGUGCUGUUCCUAGGGAUGACCUUCACGAAUCUCUGCAUGGGUGUACUGUUUUGUUACUAUGUGGAGGUAUACCCCACUUUUAAUAGUGGCAUGGCAGCAUGUUUAGGUGUGAUGGUGGCUCGCAUGAGCGGCCUGGCGGGAGUCUACUUCAUAGGAACCUUCGUGAUGACGCACUGCACCAUGACUCUUUACACCUUCGCCGCUUAUCUCAUGAGUGGAGUGCUGGUAGCGACAUUAUUACCUCCAGAUAUUGUAAAUAAACAAGUCUAA